AUGGCUCCAUUUGGGACUCCCUCGCCGUUCCGUCCUCCCUCCGCACGCCUCUCGACGCGUCACAGAAACAACGCGGGUUCUCAGUUUGCAUCCACGCCUAGGUUUCUCCUGUCGCAGAGCUCAUCGGAGAAGGCAGAAGGGAGAGAUAAACAUGAUAUUGUUGAUACAGAUGAGCAUCUGCCCUCAUCUCCCGUCCCCGUUCACGGUGUCAGCGCGGGACGCGGGGCCGUGAAGCAACGCGGUUCCGCAUCUCGGCAGAAGGAAUUGAUUGAGGAUUCCGACGAGGAGGUAUUGCCCACGAACGAUGGGUGUGAUGAUUCUCCUAUCGACGGUUCUAAAUAUGAUGCUUUUUGUGUUGACCCCCCACAUGGCCUCGACCCGGAGCUCGAGAUCCUGUUCGGCUCGUCUACAGAUCGGAGGAAACGGCGUCUGCAAACUCCCCAGGCUCAGCGCAAAAGAGCUUACCCUGACACAUUCGAUAAGGCUAUUUCGGAAGAAAUAGGCUUGCCUGGUCUCCCUAGUUCCCUUGACCAAAGCCCACAAAAAGGAGAGGGUGCGUCUGCAAUAGAAACACCGCGUCCUUCCGUCUCAGGCAACUUCAAGACGCCUUUCCGUCCACCGCCUCGGUUCAUAUUGUCCAGUAGUCAAACACCUUCCGGGACUCCACAAUCAAGCAAUACACGCAAACCAGCAUUUGUAUUGCCGCGCUCGCCGUCUCCGCCAGGCGCGGGGGAGGAGGGCCCAGACUCCAUACCCACGCCCUUUUCUCCCUCUUCACGUACAUUGAACCGCCGCGGCCGUCCGUGGAAGGGUGGUCCGACAUACAUUCCCGGUGGUAUGGCUUCAGAAGUUCGGGGUUGGAUCUUAGACAUGGGUGCAAAGCGCGAUCAGCGUUUGGGUAGCGACACAGCUACCCAAUCGGCAUCCCCUAGGUCACCAGACCAGUACGUUGUAAUUCUUCGCGUGGACAGUGUCCGACAGAGUGCCUUGGCCAGUUCUGGCCCUCUGGCAUUCGUCCGGGGAGAGCCCAUCCGAUUGAAAGGAGGGUUGCAACAAGUCCAGAGACGGAAUUUUCUCCUUCUAGGGCCCUCGCGUCCCAGACCUGUCCCAGAUUUGCAGCGCGGUAACAUUAUCGGCAUCUAUCGCGGUCUGGCGUGGGAAAUAGAUCUAGGCGGUAUCCACGAAGACGGAGGCGUCGGUAAUCCAGCACCUGGCAUGAUCCUCGGAGAUAUCCCAAGCGAUCUUACAGAAACAGAGAAAUGGUUCGUCGGUGUCGAGUGGGACUUGCUACCGGAAUAA